UCCUAUAUUCGCAUAAAAAGUAGAGUAUUAUAAAGUUUUUCGGUACAAAGUAGAAUGUGCCCAACAGGAAGCGAAUUGCUCCGGUCAGAGACCGCCGGGAAAUCAAAUUUACGUUCAGCAUUCAACGUUCUCGAUGCCGAUCACGACGGAAAGAUUAGCCGCGAUGAUCUCCGUGCAUUUUACGGUGGAUUUUUGGCCGACGGGGCGUCGGAAGAAGAUGUUAUCGGGUCCAUGAUAUCCAUGGCUGAUGGAAACAAAGAUGGAUAUGUGGAAUUUGAAGAGUUUGAGAAAGUUUUGGAGCUAACGAGGAGAGGGAGAAAUAAGGGAUCAGGUGUGAACGUAAUGGAGGAGGCGUUUAGGAUUAUGGACAAAGAUGGAGAUGGAAAAGUUGGACAUGAGGAUCUCAAAAGUUACCUUUUGUGCGCUGGUUUUGAUGCCGUUGACGAUGAAGACGUUAAGGCUAUGAUCAGAAUGGGCGGUGAAGAUCAAAAUGGAGGGGUUACAUUUCUGGGUUUACUCAAGAUUUUAGCCGUUUGAUUCCUUUCGACCCUUAACUAGUUGUUUUAGAUUUUUCAGUAUAUUUAGCAAUGAAUGGAACAAAGAAGAAAUGUUCGUGUAGUCGACUUCAAAUUGCUAUUCCUUAGAUGAAUAUUAAACAAAAUUGUAUGUCUUUGUGGCUGAUGUUUCAAGAGAAUCUCAAGAAGAUUUGUCCUC